ACCGAACAUUUAAUAGAAUUAAUAUGCAAUCCUAAUAAAAAUUGUAACAAUCAUUUUUUCAAUUUCCUCAAGUACCCAAGUAAAACUAUUGCUUUCAAACUCACUUUGGAUAUUUACCAUUUUCCAGAUACCAAUAAUUUCUAAAUAAGAAAACUAAAACCCUCAUCUGAGUUCGAUCUACCAUUAAUCAUAUCAAUACUUACACUUCCAGAAAUUCACGAAUACUUUGAAAUUAUAAAAAAUCGAUCGUUCCCGAGGAAAGUCGCGAUAAAUCGCUCCUUGCGAUAUGAAACAGCGCGUGGCGUUCUGUCGAUCACGCGCGCACUUCCGAGGAAGCACGUAGCCAUUGAGGCGGGUCCCGGCGGAAUCGUAUGUGGCGUUACUAACAUCGCGAAGUAAAUCGAAAGAGAAAGUAACUGCGUGUCGUAAGAUCGUGCGGCGAGUUUAUAGCGGGACGGAAUGAAAUCUGUUAGUUGCCGAGUGACUGCGAAAGCGACGAGUAUCUUCAAUACUAGAUUAACAUACUUUUAUCUCGUUAUUCCCUGAUUUUCGAAUGAUAGACUCAGUGAACGAAAGAAUCAUCGCGAUGAGGGAUACAAGGAAGACGCACGGUAUUCUAAGGAUAAGUGUGAUCGUCCUCGUCUUCUGUGUUGAUUUAUCAUUCGCUUUACCUACGGAGCAGCCAACAAAAUUCUCGUUGAACACCGGCAGUAUAGGAACAACGACGAGUGAUGAUUCGAAGACGACGUCGAGGUUCGAGCAAGGACGAGCGCUAGCCAGUGAAUCGCAAAACCAGGUGGCCACUGUACUGCCAACUAAAGCGGACGUGCUGUACGAAAGUCAGAGAUCGAUAGAGGUGACGACGAAUCCGCCUGUAACUAACACCAGGCCGAACGCUAGAGAAACAGUGCGGCUAGAGUCGGAGUCCGAUCAAGCUCUCCUGGAGCGGCCGCUUACCAAGCCGUUCAUGGGGGUUUUCGAAGCGUUCUUCAAGCCUACGCCAUUGGUCGACGGCAUCAAAGAGAACGAGAAGUAUGGAAACACCGGGGACAAGUUCAUUGGAAUCGGCAGAGCCCUCGUCAGCGGUUUCGAAGGGUUCAGCAACUUCUUGAACGCAGUGGUCAGCUUCCCGAAAAACGCUGCUAAGAAGACUUCCCGGGGCAUAACGGAGGCGCUGAACCACGUGGGCGCGCGUCUCAUAGGACUGGAGUGACGCGCAUGCCCCAAUUUAACGAAUCCCUGUUGUCUGUUCGUCGUUUCCUAUUCCUCGAAUAAACUGUUUGUUUUUCUAACGACGCGUGUACGUGUACACGAACGGAGACCGAUCGACUGUCGCAUAAAUAUAUUAUUUAUUAAUCGAACAAUA